UGCCACUUUCUGAUUUGAUUUAAAUAACACUAUGUGGGGUUGGGAUAUUUUUCCAUGUCUCAAAUCGGUUGGAAAAGGAUACCGAAGGCAUUUUCAUUUACACCGACAUAGUAGCGCUUCAAAUUAGCAAAUUUGCGACCCUAGGAUUCAACCAGCUUAUUGAGCGGGAAAACUAGGGGGAAAUAAAUGGAAUACGGAAUGGAUCCUCCAGGUGAUUUGGCCACGCAGCCAAGCAUUGCAAAAGGUCAAAGGCCGCUAGUUCGGAGGCUACCCCUAUCGAUAGGAAAAAUCGCCUAGUGUUGGUCACCCAAAACUGAAGUCGCACCAGAAAACUUUGACAGACGUCAAAAAAGAUGACGUUCGGAUUGACUCCUCUGCGAAAAAGGACAAGUCAUUCAUUCCGACUGCGAACAUCAGUUAGUGAAAGCUGAAAGCCGAAAGCCAAAUCCAAAGCCAAAAACCAUUUAAUUUUCCCUCAAGCAAAGGAAUCCAUCAAGUUUUCCCUCAAGCAAAGGAAACCAUCAAAAUUUCCCUCAAGCAAAGGAGAUCAGUUUGAAUUCGAGUCGAGAGAACAUGAACCGCAAGCGGGAGGUCAAGAUCCACACGAGUGUUUGGGUGAACAAGCGCUACUCCGCCGUGCUGCAGGGUCCGGCUGCGCUGGCUGCUCCGGCUGCCCCUCCGCCGAUGCACCGCCUUCCGGCGCACAUGCGCCGUGCUCCGCCAACUGCGAUGGCUGCCGCCCAAAAGGGGCCGAGGGGUGCGGCCCUGCCCCGCCCCCGGAACCUCGCCCCUCCGUUGGCCCCGCCCUUCGGCUCCUCUGGCAUCGGGAUUUCGGGGCCGCGCUUCGCAUCGCGGGUCCACUUUGGAGCCCCAGGCUCGGGCCCCCUGCACUUCGGUGCUCCGAGAGGCGGAGUCCCGCUCUUCGGGCAGCACUGCCCGACGCCCUUGGAGGAGCUGAGCCGCCUCUUCUCCCAGAUGCCCUCGCUCGGCGUGGACGAGCCCUUCUUCGCCAGCAACCUCAAGUACUACCCCCACCUGCCGCAGCCGGACUUCGUGGGCCCAUACCAGACCUACGCCCAGGUCAAGGCGGCCAUGGCGCGCUGCAUGGGUGGUGGGGAUCCCGCUCACCCCCUCCCCCUUCCCCUUCCCCUUGCGGUGAGGGCAUGCAGCCAGUCGAAGGAGUCGCUGGAGGAGGAAGAGCUAAAGGAGCCACAGGAGCCACUGGAGACGGACGUCGCCUUCUGUCGCCGCUUUUGGAUGACGGGCCAGAGCGGCUUGCUCUCGCUGUCCAACCUGCUCUUCUCGGCCAGCGGCCACCUGCUUCAGCAGUCGUCCCCGGAGCUGCAGCGCCAGAUGGAGCUGCAGCUGCGGCAGCGGGACCCGCUGCUGACCCGCUUCCUGUCGCUCCAGGACGACCUGCUCCAGGGAAGGCGCCUCCCCGCCGAGCAGCGCCGCUGGUCCCCCAUGCCCAUGAUCGCGGAGGAGGCCUCGGGAGGUCUCUCCCAGGAGGAGCAGGAGUUCCCGUGAACCAGGAAGAGCCCGAAGAAGUUCUAAUCAAGGAGUAUCAAGGAGAAUGUGAUCGAAGUUACCUAAAAUAAACACAGCUACGCUGCAACACAAAGAGGUGCUCUUUUGCAGAGGGGCCUUUGGGAGGGCC